AUGUCUCAAGUACGCAGCGUAAUCGUCACAGAUAUCAACCCCCAAACCGGUGCACAAACAGUCGACCAACUUCGAAAAGAGUUUCCAUCUGCAGAGAUAUCAUUCGAAGAAUGUGAUGUCUCGUCGUGGGAGAGUCAGGCGGCUGUUUUUGAAAAGGUUUUCGCUCAGCAGGGACGGAUCGACUUCGUCUUUGCAAAUGCUGGAAUCACGGAGAAGGGUAGUCUGUUGCCGCAAAACGAAGCAGAAAAUGGACCUCUGAAGCCAGACCUGGCGACUUUAAAUGUGAAUCUUGUUGGUGUUAUCUAUUCGGUGCAACUUGCCAUUCACUAUAUGUCUAAGAAUGCAUCCGGACAUGGACAGGGCUCGAAUGGACUUAUUUGUUGCACUGCGUCGAAUGCCGGCUUAUAUCCUUUUCCUAUGGCGCCUAUGUAUGCAACUACAAAGCAUGGUGUUGUUGGAUUGGUACGUUCGCUAGCUCGAACAUUGAUCCCUAAAGGCAUCCGUAUUAAUGCUUUGGCUCCUGCUGUCAUUGAAACAAACAUUGCCCCCCAUUCGGACUUGUUCAGAUCUAUGGUUAUCACACCCAUGUCUACUGUAUGCAAAGCCGUGGCACAGUUUGGAAAUGAUGAAACCUUGACAGGGAAGGUUGCCGAGCUACAUGGGGAGCAUGUUACUUUCGCGGAACCACCGGCGUAUGUAGAUGAGGACACUGGGAAGAAUAUUGAGACGUUUUGGAAUCUUGGGUAUGCUUGA